GCUUAUCCCAAAAACACACCAUAUCAUAUAACUCCCAUAUCACUUCACAUCUCAUCUUUGUAUCCUCUUCUGAAAAACCAGCCAUGGCUUCUUCUUCUUCUUCCUGUUGCACCCUCCUCUUCCAUGCUCUUUUGCUUAUACAGUUUUGCAGUUGUCGUGAGAUCAUCGACAAGAACCCGAAAAACGAUCGCAACGAAGAAAAUCGUAUAAAAGUUUACGGAACAAAUGAAGUUGAUGAUUUGGAUCCUGCUCUAAGGGUAUUCUUCGAUGUAAACGAUUUAUAUAAGGGCAAGAAUAUGUGGAUUUAUUUCGCCAUUAACGACCCUUCCACAACUCCUCGGCUGCUAGCCAGAGAACAAGCCGACUCGAUACCAUUCUCCUCAUCAAACCUCCCAUACCUUCUUGAGUUUUUAUCAUUAGCCGGAGAUUCACCACAAGCCAAAGCCAUGGAGAUGACGCUAAAACAAUGUGAGCUCGAGCCGACAGCCGGUGAGGUCAGGUUCUGCGCCACUUCCUUAGAAUCCAUGCUGGAUUCGACACGUCGCAUAUUGGGUGAGAUCAAACUGAAGGCGUUGACCACCAAGAUCCAUGAUUUGUUGGGCUCGAAUCAUACGGCUUUGCAAAGGUAUACGUUUUUGAAGGAGCCGUUGGAGCUUCAUGUUCAUGACAUGGUGGCUUGUCAUACCAUGGCUUAUCCUUAUGCAGUUUACUAUUGCCAUGGUCAAAAGGGGUCAAAUAGGGCGUUUGAGAUUUCUUUAGGGGGUGAAAAUGGAGAUAGAGUGGAUGCUAUUGCUGUCUGCCACAUGAACACUUCCAUGUGGGACCCUGACCACGUGGCGUUUCGAGUGCUCGGAGGUCAUCCUGGCAGCUCGCCGGUGUGCCAUUUCCUUCCCGCCGAUAAUAUCGCGUGGAUCCCGUCAUCUUAGGUGCAAUAACGACUGUUUGUAUGUAUCAUGGAUCGUAAAAUAUGUCUUCAACGAUUUAGUUAUAUGUGUGAUAUAUAGUUUUUUUUUAUUAACCUGAAUAUCUAACCCGCUAU